AUGGAGAAAAGUUACCGUCAGACUGGCGCCUGUUUGGAUAACCCCUGCGCAGUUCUGCGGACUCCCGUAGAGGAAGAUUGGGCCCAGAUCAGAUAUAUCCUAAACGUUGUCGCCGCAGGAGAUGGGCCCGCGAAUCCCGAUCAACUCGCCAACCUGCAUAAACGACUACUGCAACUAACCGGCAACCUACGGACUGAAAACAGGCCGAUUCGCCAGGAUGCGUUGUUGAAGUAUCUGGAGAGUAACUCGCGCAAGUUCUUCUCACAUGACCUGCCUCUCUUAGCGGCACUCGUCUCGAGACUUGACGAUUUUUUCCCCAGCGGACUGCAGUUUAUCACGCCCGAAAACCCACAAGUGCAUCUGCGGAAAAUUCAGGCUCUCACGUUGAUCGCCGCUGCGUUUCUAGGAGUAAUUCCGCACAAUCAGCGAGCUCUGCUAGAGCAUCAUCCAAAGAAAUUCAAGAUGAACCUAAAUAAGUUCGACAUGUUUUAUAGGGGCUUUAUGGAGCGUGAAGCAAAAUUCAAGUCUGUGCUGAUGUACUUCGAAAGCAUGCGUGAGCGGCUUGGCGAUUGUUGGACUGAGAUGGUCAAGACCGAUUCUGUCUUAACGGCGCCUUGCACAAGCGUUUGCGAAUGCUCGAGACUUGUAGACGGCACUUCAAUAGCGCCAACAGAUGAGCUGAUUGGAUUUUAUCGGCAAACCAACCAGGCGGUGGAUUUUGUAUGGCGUGGGGGGUCGGUGACAGGAACUUCGAUGGCAGUGAGCAUCGACGACAUUGCACGGAGCACAAAGCCUCUCGGGGAUUUCAAUGUUCUUCCAGGAAGAGAUCUAACGUUCGCUGAUGGAGACUUGCAGGUAGACUUUGCUGACCAGUAUCUCGGCGGGCUCUCGAUGUUCGAAAACCAUAUCGCGCAGGAAGAGCUUAUUUUUAUAACAUAUCCGGAGAUGCUUCCAGUAAUGCUAUUUAGUGAUAUUAUGAAGGCAAAUGAGGCAGUUAUUGUGAAAGGCGUGGAGAGAUUUGUUUUUUCUCGAGGGUACGAAUGGUCUUUUAAAAUUGAACAGGCAGCAGGGAGGUGGUCGAAACUGCUACCCGGGAAGCAUCAUAGUGUUCAAGGAGUGGUACCGCUCGAUAGCCUUGGUCGGCGAGACGUGACCAUCGUGGGCAUGGAUGCCGUCCAGUUUUUUGACAAAGACAAGCAGUAUUCUCAGAAGAUGGUGGAUCGAGAAUUGCUGAAGGCAACAGUGGGUUUCAAAGGUGACCCUUAUGAGGCUACUGUAUCACGAUCGCACAAAGCCGUCGCAACUGGCCUAUGGGGAUGCGGUGUCUUCAACGGAGACGUGGAGUUGAAGGCGCUGAUCCAGUGGCUUGCCGCCUCGUAUUUAGGUCGAGCAGUGAAUUUCUACAGUCCCGUAGUCAAAUACCAGAAAAAUAUGGAUCAUGUUAUCUCCAAAAUAGGGCGGACUUACUCGACUGUCGCGGAUCUGUACAACGCCAUACAACGAGCAGUGAAGAGGAGGCAGGUGGGAAGUUCAAGAUGGUCCUUGUGGGAACAGCUCGUGUAG